AAAGAAGCGUCCGGCUUCCGUGUUAAAACCGAAAAGCCUGUUUCUAAAGCCCCGCGUCAGGACGGACUUAAAGGCGGAACGCAAUUGCAGCGGGUGCGGUUUUCCCGGCGGAGUCGGGGUCAAGGGCAGCCUUUGGCACUGCGCAAGCGCAAUGCCACUUACCCAGCAUGGAGGUGGUCAGUCUGGUGUGUGCGGCGGCGGCGGCGGUGGUAGUCCUGGCGUGGGGUUUCCUUUGGGUUUGGGACCCCUCAGAAGGCAUGAAGAGCCGGGAGCAAGCAGGCCUGCCGGGAGCAGGAAGCCGGAGCCUGCUGGUGAUAGCGCACCCCGACGAUGAAGCCAUGUUCUUUGCUCCCACAGUGCUAGGCUUGGGCCGCUUGAGGCACCGGGUGUCCCUGCUUUGCUUCUCUGCAGGAAACUACUACAAUCAAGGGGAGAUUCGUAAGAAAGAACUCUUGCAGAGCUGUGGUGUUUUGGGAAUCCCACCCUCCAGUGUAAUGAUUAUUGACAACAGGGAUUUCCCAGAUGACCCAGGAGUGCAGUGGGACACAGAGCUCGUGGCCAACACCCUUCUCUGGCACGUGGAGGUGAAUGACAUCGACCUGGUGGUGACGUUCGAUGCAGGGGGCAUCAGCGGUCACAGCAAUCACGUGGCUCUGCACACGGCAGUGAGGGCUCUGCACUCUGAUGGGAAGUUGCCUAAAGGGUGCUCUGUGCUCACACUUCAGUCUGUGAAUGUGCUGCGCAAGUAUCUCGCCGUCCUGGACCUGCCCUGGUCUCUGUCUGCUCCCCAGGAUGUCCUCUUCGUGCUCACCGGCGAAGAAGUGGCUCGGGCCAAGAGGGCCAUGUCCUGCCACCGCAGCCAGCUCCUCUGGUUCCGCCGCCUCUAUCUUGUCUUCUCGCGCUACAUCAGGAUCAACACACUGCACUUCCUCUGAAGCCUCGGACAGCGUUCAGAUCCAAGGAACAGUGGAGUGAAAACAGACCAGGAAGUCCAGAGAGCCUGGCCUGGAGCGGGCCUCCCUCCCUGAGCCCAAGGAGGUCCCAGCCGGAGCAGCCUCUGCCAAAGGAGGCCUCUGCCAUCCAGACGCCAGCAUCUGCCUCUGGGGGACAAACAACCAGGAAGAACCUAAAACAAACCCCGGGGCAACAACAGCCACCCUGCCGCAGCCUGCAGUUCUCGUGGAGAACAGUUUGCACAAUGGCACAGUCAACGUCAAGGCCCUAGCCCAGAGCCUGGGCAGGUUGCUGUUAUCAUAAAUGAUUGCAGACACGCAUUAAAAACGCUUCCCAGAUGUGAUUUUCAUGUGGUUCCCAAAGCAGCUGUCUUAAUCAAUCCGUUUUCUGUCACUGUAACUGCAUCUCUUGGUAUCCAUAGGGUUCUCCAAAGACGCAGAACCUGUACUCGAUUAGCCCACUGCCCUCAGAGGCUGAAAAGUUACACAACGGCCGUGUCCGAGAUGGAGAGCUAGGGAAGCUGGCAGCAGCUCAGGCCGGGAAGCUGGAGGAGGCCGGUAAUGCAGUCCUCCUCCAAGGCCAAGGCUCGAGAGCCCCCCACGUGGCUGCUGGCCCACGUCCCAGAGUCCGAAGGCCAAAGAACCCGGACUCUGCUGUCCAGCGGCUUCAGCAGCCCGCUGUACACGUACAGGCAUGCGAAUGAUACAACCUGUGUGGCGGCCAGUCCGACAAUCUCUAAUAAAAUGAUAUACUCUUUUUUUAAAGGUGCAUUUAUCCGUUUGAAAGACAGAGUGACAGAAUGAAAGAGAGAGAAAGAUCUUCCAUCUGCUGGUUUACUCCCCAGACGGCAACAACAGUGAGGUCUGGGCCAGGCCAAAGGCAGGAGCCAGGAGGAGCCCUGCAUGGGAGACAGGGACUCAAGUACUGGAGCCAUCACCUGCUGCUUCCCAGACACAUCAGCAGGGAGCUGAUUUGGAAGCAGAGUAGCCCGAGACUCCAGUAUCCCAAAUGGCAGCUUAACUCGCUGUGCCACAGUGCCUGCCCCCAAAUUAUAUGCUCUUCCACUAACUGGCACUGUAGACUUAUUCCACAUGCCACAAGUGAUAUGAAAAAGAUAAAUAUCAAAACACUUUCAAGAGUAAGAUGCUGAACCUGUCCAAAUGUCCAUCAAUUAAGGAUUUGUUAAAUAAGUAGUGAGAAUACUAGUAAGAUAUAACAUUACAAAUCAAUUUUUAAAAAGUAUGUAUUUAUGGCCAGCGCCAU